AUGGCAACAGCCAAAGCUUUAAGUCAGCCAGACCUGGAUCCAGCUCUGGCCCUCAUGAGCAACUUACCUAACUUUGCUGAACUUCAGAUGCCUCAUCUCAAAGAGACACAUCAGAAAGAACUUUACUUAAGAGUGGUGGUGAGAAUGACACUAGGGACCAUGCAGGAGCCUAGCAGAGUAGGAACCGGGCAGGCCAACAUCCUGGGGAUCCCCCUCUUUCAGACCCACAGACAGUGGAGGGUGGCCUGCCCUCAGCCCUCGAAUCCCCACAUUAGGAGGAGUCCAGAGCCACCGGGAGUGGUGAGAAAUCUGAAAACGCAGCCUGUACCUGACCCCUGCUCUGCUACCGUUCCAUUGAAAACACCCGAGUGUCCACCCUGGGAAACGCAGCCGUGCCACCCUUAUCCCACUCGGGACUCAGUCUGGGGGUUAGCAGGCACUUCCAGCCAUGAGGUGGCCCAUCACGUCAAGGCCGGGGACCUGCAGAGCAGGAGCACUGGGGCUGCCCUCCGUGUCAAAGCACACUCUUCUUGUCCCUCCAAAGUCCCCAACACAAUGAACAGCGAGGUGAUCCGAGGCUGGAGCCGUGAGCCAGUGCCGCAGCUCCUCCCGGCGGUCGUCCCGGCCCCCGCAAUCCCCAGGGCAGAGUCCGGCCCGGUCGCCCUCCCCUUGGGGUGGGUGGCUCGGACCCGCUCCCCUCCCCGACGCCACCACCUGCGCCCGCUCCGGCGCCGCCUUUGUCCGGCGCUUCGCCGCCAAGCGGGCCCCUCGGUCCGAUCGGGUCUGGUCUACACUACCCCCCGCCCCGGUGUGGCCCCCAUCCCCUGCCCCCCAUCCAGCAAUAACCGGUCAGCUCCCUGCGCGGGAGGGCGCCCCCCACCCUGUGCUGGCGAUCCCGCGGCGCCGCCCCCAGCCGCGGCCCCUUGCCUCGGGGACCUCGAUGGGGGGAGGGGGCACGGGGGGGCGGGGGCCUCGCCGCCCGCGCACUCGGAGGCGAGCCGGCUCUGCCUCGGCGGAGAAACGACCGGCGUCCUCCCGCCCUCCGCCGCCCGGGACGCCCGCGCCGCCGCCGCCCGGCCAAGCUGCCACACUGCGGCCCCCACCCACCCCGCCCCCGGCCUGCGAAGCGGGCGGCCCCCAGGGGCUGUCACCUCGAGGCGCUCCGCACUCCCCGAUGGCGGGACCGUGGCGCCGGACCCGGGGGAGAGAGGCGGCACGAGCGAGCGGGCGGCCGCACCUGCUUCGCGUCGUCCGUCCGUUCGUCCGUCCCUUCCCGGGCUGGCGGGGGCGGCGGCGCGGCGCGCUCGGUGGGGCGCGCUGACGGGCGACCGGUCCUCUCCCCUUCACCCGUCUGCCUCCCUCGCUCGCUCCCUCCCGCUCGCUCGCCCCUUCCCCCAUCCUCGACCGCGGCCCCUAGCUCACCGGGACGGCGGCGCGGACGGCGCGGCUCUGGGCUCCCGCAGGCCCCGGCCGGGCUGGAAUCCGGCGGCUGGAACCCCCCGGGGGCGCUCAAUUCCCGGGCUCCACGCUGCUGCGUCAGCGCCUCCUCCUGGGGGCCGGGGCCGGGCGGGCGGAGCGGGGGCCGCGGCCGGGCGGGGCCGUCGGGGGGGCGGGCGCGCCUGGCCGGGGCGGGCGGACGGCGGGGGCCGGACGGGCGGGGCAGGCAGCCGGACGGGCGGGCGGCGGGGGCCGGGCUCCGGGAUCCGCUACGCCGCUCGCGGUUCCCCCACAAACUCCCCGAGAGCGGAGCCUCCGCCGCCCUCCUUCCUGCUUCCUCGUCCCCAGCCAAUCAGCAGCGCGCCCCUCGGCCAGCUCCGCCAAUCAGCCGCCCCGCCCUGCGCUGGCCCCGCCAGCCAAUCCGGCCCUCGGCUCCCCCUCCCGGUCUCCAACCAAUCAGAACCGUGGGUCGGUCGUCCCAACGCAGGGGGCAGCACGAGGCGGCCGCGGGAGGCGGUGCGGGGAGUGGUGGGGCCUGGGGGGAGGGGUACGAUGCCAAGGGUGGUGGAGGGGGCGGUUUUCUUUGCCGGCUUCUUGGAUUUUCUCCUCGUCUCCAGAACAUGA